GGGGAAUUUCCCUGACGUCUAGACAUUGUAAACUUCUUGGCUGUUUAAGGAACGACUCGAGGAAAGCGGAGAAACAACUGUCUGCCCGUCCUGGACAAUCCGACAAGAGACAACUUUACAUGGGAACACAGUCUUGGUCCUUUACUCCCUGGUUUUCUUACUACUUACUCUCACAAAAUGAACCAUUCUGGAUUCUUAUUUUGUAAGUUAUUAGACAUGCAAACUGCAGGCAGCAAUCGGUCGUACAAAUUUAUUUAUACAUUCUGCAGUGGACUGUGUCACUUGGUCUCUGUUCUACAUUGACCACAGUGCUAUGCACUGAACUGUGAAGAAACUUGUGGUUGAUUUCAUAGGAGCAGGUGUCUGACAGUCUUCUCCAGUCUAGCACCAAACAUGCCUCAAGAAACAAAGUACCCGUAUCUGCAUCUCGCCACUUCCGGCAAAAUGAACAACGAGCCAUGCAGACUUAAAAGUUUCGGCGAUCCCUCGUGGUCCAAAAACUGCCCGUUGUCCUGUUUAAGUUUAGCUAAAGAAGGACUCUAUUACACAGGAAAGGAUGCUGAGGUGAGGUGCUUCAAGUGUGGCUUGCAGCUCGAUGGACGACAGGACAGGAUCCUAGAGGUCAGAGCUGCUCACAGGGCCAGGGCGCCAGGAUGUCCUUUCAGGAACGAAAGCCUGCGUGGACCCUGCAACAUCCCUCUUCCAGUGUACAGUGCCAAAGGUCAAGCCGCCAACGCCAUCAAAGCUUACUUGGGAGGAGCUGGAGUUCCAGACACCAGCAUGUCGGGUGCCAGCGACAACGACGUGAACAACGUUACCCAUGAACUCAACGUGAGAAGACGACAUUCCAUAGGGACAGACUCACUGUUUCCGUCCUUUUCAACCAGGGUUCAUAGGUCACAAUCAUUCAACGAUUUCCAACCUGUUCCUGGUGUAUCCAUAGAGGAUUUUGUUCAAGCUGGAUUUUUUUUCACUGGAGUGACAGACACAGUCAUCUGCUACUACUGUGGACUCGCCUUGCGUAACUGGCAGACGGGGGACGAUCCACGCAUUGCUCAUGCGCGCCUGCAGCCUGGCUGUGACUACUUCCGGGAUCAGGCGGGCCCCGAGUUUGUGCUCGAUGCUCAGCGAGAGCUGCGGACCGUCGGCAUCGAGUGACCCUGUCUUCACUUCCAUGUCACUGCUGUAAAGCUGUGGGCAAAGAGAAGAAUACAGUUUUUCUGGAUACAACCAUAUGUACAACAUUGUUCAAGUGUUCUGUGCCAUACGAAGAGAGAUGAUACUAAGGUCGGGGGCAGAACAUUUGUGCCCAAAACAAUAUGGAUCGUGAUGUCGGAGGUUUCGUUUUCGUGUUUGGCUCCUAGAAGUUUCUACAUAUCCAGCACAAAUUUACUGGGUUUAUUGCCACUUGCCAAACUUCUGAUAAAGAUAAAAAUAAGGCUGUACAGUAGUAGCUGACACUCCAAUGUGUUCACGUCAGUAUGAAACUCGUUUUUUUUUCACGGUUGUCAAUUGAAAAUUGUGAACAAAAUCAAAAUAUCUGCUUGGAUAGACCACGGACGUGUAUAGGUGGACUGCUGUUUGCCGAGACCAAUGCUUAGUCUCUUGCGAAGUUUUCCGCUGUUAGUCUCGGCGAACCUAAACAAUGAAUGGGAAUGAACCGGAAGCUUUAUACACAUCUGCCUCGUUUUAGCAGUUAACUGGGGGAAAAAAAAUCGUCUGCCAGCAGUCCAGUAAUACAAGUUCGUGGACAGACAGUCGGCGACGGCAAUGAUGGCAAAGAUGCUGCUGUGUCAAGAAAAAGCGAGGGACAGGAAAAAAAAGCUAAAUUAAUAUUUAUGCCAACAAUGAUAUUUUGAAAUUAUUUUUAAACUUAUUUAUAUUUCGUCUGAAUGCAAUAUAAAAGCACCGCGCCAUUGAGCUGGCUCCCUCAAGUCUCCAACAUUUAUGAACAUUUAUGGGCAGGCAUGGUGUGUGACAAAGGCCAGCUUUGAGUGACUUUAUACGAGAAGAGUUGUGUUCAUUUGGAGAAGUCGCUUCAGAGAGAAACUAUAAUGAAGGGUGCAUCCUGUUGUGUACUUGUUAACCACAAAGUGGAUGUGAUUUAGGAAAGUCUGAUACAUACAUGUUUUACGUUCUUUUCGUAAAUAAAGUAUGUCAGACAAUGCAACUAUACCAGUUCUUUUCCAGGGAUUAAUUUUGUAUGUGCAUGUCUGUUUAUCCUUCUGUCUAUGAUAUCAGCUAAUUAGCUGUUAAAGUCUUCCAAAAGUACACUCUAUUCGAUUAUUUAAUGUGAAGUAUUAUUUCAACCAGUUUAUAACAUUCUUUUGUUAAAAGAAAUUUGUGGCUGAAAUAAGGUAAGGACUAUGCUAAAACUAUCAUUAUGAGAUAAAAUACAAAAUAAACCAAACUUUAAAAGAAAUAGAAGAGUAAAUAUAGUUGAUUAAGGGUUGACCACUAUUCACGACCAAUAUCACACCCCACAAUACCUUAUAACAGCCCGCAAGAUCUAGAGGCUGUUGGGGUUGGUUUGAAGUAUAUGGACAUAGAAGGUUAAUUCAAUUGCAAGUUGUGCAUGAAAUUAAGAAAGGGUCGGUCUUAUGGUUCUUCGGAUGACUGACUGUUAUUCAACGACUACGAGGCGAUCAUGCAGAGGAAAUAAUUCAUAUUAAACUUGUUGCUAUGAAGCUGAACAUGGAACAUGUCAGAUUUGUGUACAUGUAACUGUUAAAAAUACAAUAAAGUUAAAAGUUUCAUGCGCAGGCACAACUUUCCACCAACCGCGACUAAUGAACAGUUGUCAGGGAUUCAAAUGAUGUUGCUGCUCGCUGUGUGAAACAGCAGUGAGGUUACUCAAGCUAGAGAGGUGUCAUAUAUAUAUAUACACACACACCCACGCACACAUACAUAAAAUAACAAAUUUCUUGUGGCAAGGAGCAAGACUGAUUUGGUGUCCACUUGUGGUUACAACAGAUACUGUGACGCAUAACAGGUCUUAUGAAGGAUGGAAGAAAAGCUCGUCUGCAAGAAGGACAAUUUCGGUAACGAUAGAUGGUAUUUCGAUGAAGACAUUCGACUUCCUCCUUUACCACCAGGCUUACCCCAAGGGGACCGACUAAACUACAUUCGUAAUCUUGACCUUAGACCUGACGAUGUCAUUAUUGCUGGCUACCCGAGGUCAGGUAACAACUGGCUUCAUCAGAUGAUCUACAUGCUGAAAGAAGGGUCUCUGGCUCCACCUCCCUUGUUUGGUCAGGAUUCACAUGUUGUUAUUGAGAACACCUCAGAGAACAGACACAUCCUCCCACCUGUCAAACCUCGCGUUCUCUUCACACAUCUCCUCUUCAAGGACCUGCCUCGGGCCGUGAUGGACAAGAAGGUCAAGAUCGUGCACAUCACGCGCAACCUUAAGGAUGUCUUUGUGUCCUUGCAUUGCUUCACAGAGAAAAUCGGCGUGUAUCAUCCCCCUUGGCCAGAGUUCUUUGCCACCAUGCUAGAUGACGGAUACUGGUAUGGGGAUGUCUUUGACCACGUGACAAGCUGGGAGAAGGCGAUCGACGAUCAUCCUGAGCAUCCAUUUUACUGUGUGGCGUACGAGGAGUUGACACAAGACGCAGUUGGCCAUCUGGAACACAUUGACCAGUUCCUGGAGACACACAGAGGAAGACCUUUCUGCCAGGCGGUGGUUGAGAAGUGUCACAUCGACAACAUGGUCAAUCUUCGAAUGGCACAAGACGCUGUCAUUGAUCGCAACAUGCUUUUCAGAAAAGGAACUGUAAAAGACUGGAAGAACUGGUUCACCGUGGCGCAGAACGAGGAGUUCAAGAAAGUUGUCGGAAAGAAGUUGGCCGGCUGUAAAAGUCUACAUAUUUACGAACUUGAAUAAUUGGUGGAAAAUUGCAUAUCUUCGCCAUUUUGACUUCUGUUAGAAACUCCAGAACUUUGUCUUUUACUUAAAGGUCAACACGAGGGCAAUAUUCUUUCUCUAUAUUCGGGUUUAGUUUAUUUUGAAACAAUAAAUAAAAUAAAAAAUUAAACUUUAGUUGCAAAAUAUAAUCUUUCUUGCUGGAUAAGGAUAAUGGUGAUAAUAUUGUAGUGUUUGUGACUGUGUCACGAUGUUACGAGUAGACUAGAACGGUGUAGAAAGUGUUGAUGUUCAUAGCUGCUGCUUUAUUCCUUUUUGUUGUCAUAGUUUAACAGCUCCUUUUUUUUUCUUUUUUUCUUUUUUUUUUUUGGUAGGACGAAGUUCGCACGGCACGUUGGAAUAAAGUUAAUUCACUGGUGUUUGUAGCCAGCAUCUUUAAGAAAUAAAUACAAACUCCAUUAAACUGUAUGACCGAACACUCACCAACAGCAUCUUGUGUCCCUGUCUGUUUUCUUUGACUGUUUUCUUUCCCUUCAGUCAGCUCAUCCAGACGAUGCUAUCUUUAGAUUAUCCGCCCUUUUGUCACUUCUUGCUUUCUUGACCCAUCCAGGUGCGAUUAAGAGACAAAUAAAUAAAUUAAUUAAAUUAAAUAAAAUUUCUCGUCGAAAUAUGUUUUAUGAUACUUUAUGCUGUAUUUCACUGAACACUCGCCUAAACAUAAAAGUUUUUACGAAUAUUGCACUAAAAAGAAAGUAAAAUUAACAAGCGUUUUUUCCCAAUGGAAAGCAGAUAGAAAAUUUUAAUUCACACAUUCUUUCUCUCUUUUUGGUUCUUUCUUACUCAAAUGCUUUCUUUCUGCCGUCCAUUUUUUUUAAUUUGCUCGCUUAAAGACCAACCUAAGCAGUUAAUUAAUGGAUGAGCUUUGGAAGCUGAAAUUUACCGGUUAGUUUUAUAUCACCUACAUCUACUGAUAUUUGAAAAAAAAAACCCGCAAACGGUUGAGGUUGGUCUUUAACACAAAUUGAAUGAAUUUUGUCACAGGCACUUCAAGGGGUUGUGAUCUUUUAUUCCUUUAAUGCACUCUGACCUGAGGCUCAGAAAAAUUAGGGUAUUAAAUACUGACUGAAUGUC